CCAUGCCCCGUCCUCUUCGCCAAUCCCCAGCCUCACCUCGACAAUCUCCACCUCCUCCCCCGCUACCUCCUCAACAAGGAGCAAUAAAAACGAUGAAUAAUGGGUCAUUAUCCCCAAGGGCACCAAUAUCUCUUCAAGCACCCUCUCAAAGAAAAAACCCAUCCAAAUCAAAUAAAAUCCUUAGAAGGGUAUGCUCCGUUUUCAGAUCAUUCCCUAUCGUAACCCCUACAUGUCGGAUACCAAUCUCGAAUAGGCUCAACGACGGACAUGUCCAUGGGGGAACCCGAAUCACCGGCACACUCUUUGGCUAUCGAAAAGCGAGGGUAAACCUAGCAAUCCAAGAAAAUCCUAGGUGCCUCCCCAUAUUAUUGCUAGAACUAGCCAUACCAACAGGUAAGCUAUUGCAAGACAUGGGGUUAGGUUUAGUGAGGAUUGCCUUGGAAUGUGAAAAGCACAGUUCAGACAAAACUAAGCUCAUAGAAGAACCCAUUUGGACAAUGUAUUGUAAUGGGAGAAAAACUGGGUAUGGCAUUAAAAGAGAAGCAACUGAUGAUGACUUAAGUGUAAUGCAAAUGCUACAUGCUGUAUCAAUGGGUGCUGGUGUUUUGCCUACUAACGAUGGGGUCGAAACACCAGACGGUGAGCUUACUUACAUGCGUGCCUUCUUUGAGCGUGUCGUUGGAUCGAGAGAUUCAGAGACAUAUUACAUGAUGAACCCAGAUGGAAGUGGUGGCCCUGAACUUAGCAUUUUCUUUGUUAGGAUUUAGGUGAUAAGAAGAUUGUUUCAUUUUCUUUGUGUGAAUGGUAAUGGUGUAUAGAGAGACACAAACAAACCUAUUCUUGUAUCAAUUCAAUGUCAAUGUAAUUCAUGAUUAA